GUAAAAUACAGUCAUAUCAUCAAUAAAAAGCUUGUAAAUCGAAAAUUCAGCAUUUUCUCUCGGGAGAGGAAAGUAGACCGUCACUCACCGGCGAAACUUGUCCGUAGUAUGUUGAGGCAUGGAUCCGGAGGCAGCUAGAACUGCGCGUGAUUCUCUCGACUUGGCGUUUCACAUGUCGAACAUUCUAGAAACUGGUUUGGAUCGCCACACGCUUUCGAUUCUGAUCGCACUCUGUGAGAUGGGCAUCAACCCUGAAUCUUUGGCCGCCGUUGUUAAGGAGCUUCGUAGAGAAUCACCACCUCCUUCUUCCUCCACCGUGACAGGGCUGUAACCAUGGCCUCACAAUUAUUCUACGAAGAAGAAGAUGACUGGCAGCAAAGGGCUUUUGCUGCAUUUUAGAUUUUACUAAUAGAUGGUUUGAAAUUAGUGUAUAUUUUUGUGCUACAGCUAUUCCCUUUUGUUUUAGAUUGCAAAUAUUGUCCAAAUUUUACACUCCCUUCGCUCUAUAAAAUUUGUGACCUUUUGAUCCA